UUCCCGAACAACAACAACAACAACACAAAUAGAUACAACAACAACAACAAAAACAACAGUCAGUCAAAUCGUAUCUUCAGUAUUUCGUUUCGUCCUUUUGUGUAGAUGAAUGGACCGACGGAUAGCAGUGGAAGUGGAGGAAGUUUGCAAUCCAGACGAAUUGCUUUAAAGAGAUGGAACAUUCUCAGAGAGGUGUUGUUAAACGGCAAGUUCAAUCACAUCAGCAAUGACACUGUGUCAGUCCGCCGAUUUAAAUCCUUUGGACUUCUGCUGACAGAAAAAUUACCAAACAAGGGGGAGAUCAUCUCAGAAGGACAAUGGUUCAUUUAUAGAUCAGACAAAUGGCCAGAAUUUUACAUGCACAUAAGGCACCUCUCAGACCAUGUGAGUCCUGCAAGUCUGUGUGGAUUCAACAACACUGGCAAUGUUUGUGUGUGGCCGUCAGAAGAAGUCCUCACAUAUUACUGUCUUCAGCAUCUUGACAUGUUCAAAGAGGCGUCAGUAAUAGAGCUGGGUGGUGGAAUGACCUGCCUGGCAGGUGUUGCAUUGGGAAUUCAGUCAAAUGCAGUACAUGUGGAACUUACAGACGGCAACGAAGCCUCAGUAGCCAAUUUGGAAAUGAUUAUUAAAAGAAAUUCUCCCAGAUGUAAAGCUUCACUGACUACCAGGGUUUUACGGUGGGGUUCAGAGCCACUGGACCCAUCCCUGGUUGGGAAAUUUGACAUUGUCCUCUGUGCGGACUGUUUGUUUUUUGGAGAGGGAAGAAGUGACUUGGUGAAAACUAUUGACGAAUUAUUGAAGCCAGAGGGGAGAGCAAUCCUGCUUGCCCCAAAGAGAGGUAACUCAUUCGACCAGUUUGCUCACCUGGCUCAAAGCAUGUUCCAGGUAGAUAUAGAGCAGCAGUAUGAUGAUGCUGUGUGGGGCAUGCAUUUAAAGAUGACAGAGAAAGGUAUAGAGCAUUAUGAUGCGGACAUACACUACCCCUGGCUCAUGAAGCUGAUAAAGUUACCAGGGACACGAGAAAGCAGCUCCGAGAGAUAGCUAUGCCCAUAUGAGAAUUUUCAUGUAAAAAGGAAACUUAAUGCAUGUGUGUAAUGUGUCAUCCAAGAUUAGCCUGUGCAGUCCAAACAGGCUAAUCAGGGAUGACACUUUCUGCCUAAACUGCAUGUUCCAUAUGAAGAGACUUCAUUUUAAUGAAACAUGCCAUAAAAGCAGAAAGUGUUUUCCAUGAUUAGCCGGUGCAGAAUGCACAGGCUAAUCUGGGACGACUUUUUAAACACAUGCAUUAAGCCGAGAUUUUCCCAGAGCCAACAUACACUACGCCUGGCCCAUGAAGCUGAUGAUGUUACCGGGCACUCGAAAAAACAGCUCUCAUAGAUGGCUAUUUCGAGUAUUGUACUUGUAUCCAUGACAUGAUAUGAACCUUGCACUGGAAAAUGGGGUCUUAAUGCAUAUGCGUUAAGUGUCAUCCCAUAUUUGCCUGUGCAGACUGCACAGGCUAAUCAGUGCCAACACUUUUUACCUAGAGUUGUUAUUUUGUUUAGAAGAGGAUUCCUUUAAAAAAAAUCCAUAAAAGCGGAAAGUUGUCCCUUAUUAGUCUGUGCGAAUGGCAUGGGGCUAAUCUAGGACGACACUUUAAAUACAUGAAAACAUGCAUUAAGCCAAGUUUUCCUGUGUAAGGUUUAUGUAAUUUCUUGUAAGCCAAAUUGUCUUAUCAGCAUUUGUGCUAAGUUGACAGAAAGGCACUUCUAGCUUUCCUGAGACGAUGUUGCGAUAUUGUCAUUUUCAUGUACAUUUUCAUUCUUAUUUAUUAUCCUCGUAUUCUGUUGUUCAAAUGCAAGAUGUGAAAACACCAGGUCCUUAGUUUGUAAGUUUUACUGUUAGCUAAGGUUAUUUUUAAUAGUUAUUUAGUUUUUUCAUGUCAAAAAUGUUACGUCUUAUACCCAUAAUUGGGAAAAAUAGGCCUUCUUACAUGUGUUUAAAGUCCCAGAAGCCUGUGCUGUCUCCACAGGCUAAUCAGAGACAAAACUUUCCAAACCAACUGGAUUUUCUUUUAGAGGAGACUCUCUUCAAACAAAACAUCCAUGAAAUCUGAAAGUUUUUACCCUGAUUAGCCUCUUGGUACUUCACAGGCUAAUCUGAGACAACACUUUACACAUAUGCAUUAAACCCCGUUUUCCCAGGGCAUGGCUUAAUUUUGUUAUGUCAACAUGUGACAUAGAAAAAUAUGUUCAAAUUGUUUCAAUCUUGCCUGCCUCACAUGAUUUAUUAACAUAUCUUUUAAUUGCAUUUUUAAGCCUGAUAUUUUGUAUUGGUGUAUCAUAUUAAAACAUCAAGAUACAACAGUUACUGUAAGUUACAAUCGAUAUAAAGGAUCAAGUACAAAAAACAUAUUCUUAUUGUUUCAAUGUUGCCUACCUUACAUGUUGAACCAUAUGAUUCAUUAACCUAUCUGAUUUAUUAAUCUAUUUGAUUGCAUUUGUAUGUCUGAUAUUUGUAUCAUAUAAACACAUCAAGAUACAACUGUAAGUUAAAACUUAAAAUUGAUAUAAAGGAUCACAUAGAGGAGUGAUUGCGGUUUCAUUAUAGGCCAAUGAAGUACACAUACUGCCAUGCAUCACUAAGGCCUGUAUUGCCGAUGGUUGUAUUAAUGCAUUGAUUAAUACAAUUUUGUUCACUGAUUAUUUUUACAACAUGCUGCAUGGAAAUACAGGAAUCAAAAUUGUAUUUAUUUUGAAUAAUUUUGGUUGACAAUUUAUUUCUAUAUCAGAAUUUAAAGAUUAACUAAGGUAUGUGAAAAGAUCUAUAAUUAAUAUUUUUAGAUUAUUAUUAUAUAAAUGUUGUUUAAUGUUUCUAAAAACAUUACCUUGACCUAGUAAGGUUUAAUAUUUAUUAUGCCCCCCUUCGAAGAAAAGGGGGUAUAUUGCUUUGCACAUGUCGGUCGGUCUGUCGGUCGGUCGGUCCGUCCACCAGGUGGUUUCCGGAUGAUAACUCAAGAACGCUUGGGGCUAGGAUCAUGAAACUUCAUAGGUACAUUGAUCAUGACUCGCAGAUGACCCCUAUAGAUUUUGAGGUCAGUAGGUAAAAGGUCAAGGUCACGGUGACCCGAAAUAGUAAAAUGGUUUCCGGAUGAUAACUCAAGAACCCAUACGCCUAGGAUCAUGAAACUUCAUGGGUAGAUUGAUAAUGACUCGCAGAUGACCCCUAUUGAUUUUGAGGUCACUAGGUCAAAGGUCAAGGUCACGGUGACCCGAAAUAGUAAAAUGGCUUUUGGAUGAUAAUUCAAGAAUGCAUAUGCCUAGGAUCAUGAAAUUUCAUAGGUAGAUUGAUCAUGACUCGCAGAUGACCCCUAUUGAUUUUGAGGUCACAAGGUCAAAGGUCAAGGUCACGGUGACCCGAAAUAGUAAAAUGAUUUUUGGAUGAUAACUCAAGAAAGCUUUUGCCUAGGAUCAUGACACUUCAUAGGUACAUUGAUCGUGACUCGCAGAUGACCCCUAUUGAUUUUCAGGUCACUAGGUUAAAGGUCAAGGUCACAAUGACAAAAAUAGUAUUCACACAAUGGCUGCCACUACAACGGACAGCCCAUAUGGGGGGCAUGCAUGUUUUACAAACAGCCCUUGUUUCAAUUGUAUGUAUAUUAUUGUGAACACAACAAUAGAAACAACUCUUUGAUAAUUGUUUUAUUGUUAAUGGUCUUGAUGCCAGUUGUUUGUCAUAGCAUUCCAAUUUAACAGUUUACUACACAUCAUUCCAUGUUUACCGGUAAUUUCAUUUGGAUAGUUUUCCUUUUUUACAUCCUUAGCAUUCCAGUGUUAAGUAUCAAUAAUAUGUUAUUGUCCCCUACCGGUUUCACAGGAGGGGACUUAUGGUUUGCCCUCUGUAUGUCCGUCAGUCUGUAUGUCUGUCAGUCCGUACGUGAGUAUGUCACACUUUUCUUGAUCCUGCGACAACUUUUAAAGUUCUAAAUAUUUUUUCAUGAAACUUGAAACUUGGAUAGAUGGCAAUAUGAACACUAUGCACGUCAUUUCAAUUGUUCCUACGUCAAAAAUUCUGGUUGCUAUGGCAACAAAUAAAAAAAAUUAAAAAAAAAUUCUGACAAUUGUGGAGCCGGCAGGGGACAUAUAUUGCUUGGCAAAAGUCUUGAUGUGUAUUGUUUUCCAUGAGUAGAAAUUGUUGAUACAGGACCUUUUUCCAUUCCAUGAUGUAUUUUAAAUUUAAUUAAAUUCAACCACACUCUACAAAAGACCGGCUUAAUGCACAUGUGUAAAGUGUCGUCCCAGAUUAGCCAGAGCAAUCUUCACAGGCUAUUCAAGGACUACAAUUAUUUAUUUUAUUUUUUUACUAAAAUUGAGUCUAGGCAAAAAGAGAAAAUUAUGGUUAGCCUGUGCAGAAUGCACAGGCUGAUCUUGGACGACGCUUCACGCACAUAUUGAGUCAGCUUUUUCCAUAGAGUAGCUGAAGUUUGUUUAUUUUUAAUAACACAACAACAUUGUUUAACGCGGUCAUAUUCACGAAGAUUUUAGUUGAAACAUCAAGUUGUAAGUACUAAUGUUUACUUUUCGCACCACAAAACGACUGACUUGUGACCGCUAUUCCCAGUUUAAAGAUGGCUUUGGGAGGGAAAUAUAGUAGACGAUGGCCGUUGUAGACAGGUGGUCGUUGUUCUCAGGAGUCAAAUAGAAGGUUUUUUGUGCUCAAGACUGAUCGUUCCUGACAAGUGACAGUUGAUCUCAGGUGACCGUUAAGUCAAGUUGAACUGUAUUUUUUUAAGUAAACCUUAUUUAUAAAUAUGCAUUGUUCCAUUGGUCAUCUACAAGACUUUUUUAAAGUCAAUCAUUAAACAAGCUUUUCGUAUUUAAGUGAUUUCAAAUCCAUUUUGGAUUAUUUUGCCUUUGUUUCAAUUUCUGUUUCUUUCAUUAAAAUUACGAAAUUCUAAUACACUUUUGUGAGUAUGACCCCAAAAUUGUAUAUUAUGUGCAUGUUAUUAUUAUAUUAAUAUUGUUGCUAUUUACUGAUUUGACAACCGGUUUACCUUUGCCAUUCCAUAGAUGUUAUCCAAAUCCCACAUUCCAGUUGCAGUGUGUAGUAAAUCGAUGUUGAAUAUUUGCUAAUGUAUAAAUUGAGCCUCGCUCUGGGAAAACGGGGCUUAAUGCGCGCGCUUAACGUGUAGGACCAGACAAGUCUGUGCUCACUGCACGUUCCGUCUUAACUGGAUCUUCGCUAAGAAAAGACAUCCUUUAAACGAAAAAUAUCAUUAAAGCCGAAAGUGUUGUCCCACAUUAGCCUUUGUAGACUGCACAGGCUAAUCUGGAACGACACUGUUCACACAUUCAUUAAGACCAGUUUUUUUUUCAGAACGAAGCUCAAUGCGAUAAAAUGUUUAAAUACGUGCUCUCAUCAAAUUGAUUUACUAAAUCUAGAGAAUGAAAUAAACAAAGAAAAAGGA